AUGGAAGCAGAAGGGAGGAGUGAGCAGGGUAAGCAGAAGAAGGGGCGACUUUGCAGCAGCCUCUGGCCCGAGGGCUACCCCGCCACUGGGACUCUGACCUCCACGGUGGACAUGAGCCCUCGGCCCUACAGGAACCUCUCUGGUGUAGGAGUGCGGAGACCACGGCUUUCCCCACAAGGUGCACAGAGGGGUCGCCCGCACUCCAGGCGCCGCCACCGAACCACCUUCAGCCCAGCGCAGCUGGAACAGCUGGAGGCAGCCUUUGGGAGGAAUCAGUACCCUGACAUUUGGGCCCGAGAGGGCCUCGCCCGGGACACAGGCCUCAGUGAGGCGAGAAUCCAGGUCUGGUUCCAGAACCGCAGAGCUAAGCAGAGGAAGCAAGAGCGGUCACUGCUCCAGCCACUGGCCCAGCUGUCUCCUGCCACCUUCUCUGGUUUCUUGCCCGAGUCCCCUGCCUGCCCCUACUCCUACCCAACACCACCUGCACCCAUGACCUGCUUCCCUCACCCCUACAACCAUGCCCUUCCCUCUCAGCCCUCCACAGGCAGUUCCUUUGCUUGGCCCCACCAGUCUGAAGACUGGUACCCCGCCUUGCACCCAACUCCCACUGGUCAUCUGCCUUGCCCCCCACCCCCAGCUAUGCUUCCCCUUAGCCUUGAGCCACCAAAGUCCUGGAACUAAGGUUGAACAGGAGCUGAUAAGGUAAUCUCCCAGCCUGUGGCCCUGGUGAAACUCAGGGAAAGCUGGGUGGCUUCCCUUCCUUCUAAGGAUCAAGUAGAAAUUUGGUGAUGGGCAGCUCAGAGAUAGGAAUUUAAAAAUGGGAGAUCUGAAGAAGGCAUCCUGAGGUGAUUAGUUGAGGGAAUGUGGGGAGGUGAGUCUAUUAGAAGAUACAGAUAAAAUGCUCAGUGGAGGUAACCAGGUAGAAGGGUGGUAUUGACGAUGGAAGCAAUUGUUGCCACUGGUGAAUGGAAGUUAGUGAACGUGAUACAACUUUCGGGGCUUCAUUAAUUGACAUCACAAUUGAAGAUCUGCACCCAGCAGUUUCUAACUGAUUUCAAUACGGCUUUUGAUUUAAAGUCUACCUGCUCUUCCUUCCCCCAUCACCCACUCCCACCACCCAAAUCAGUCAUUAACUUUUGUUCAUUAAUGUUCUAGAAAGAUCUCUUGAAUUUCAUCUUUCCUGGCCCCAUAUCUUCUAACUAAUCCUCCUCAAUAACUCCCUUAGCUCCAGCCUUUCCCAUUGCCACCAGACCUUGCAAAUCUGAUCAUCACAAAUCCGCUCUCCAAUGUCUUAUAAAAAAAAAAAAAUAAGAUCUGAGUCUCCAACGUUA